AUGCUUCAUUCACAGAAGGUGGUUGUCGUUGGAGGAGGCCCUGUUGGGGCGUUAUCUGCGCUUUAUGCUGCUAGAAGAGGUUAUCAAGUCGAGUUGUAUGAGCUGAGGGAUGAUCCAAAUUAUGGUGACCCAAAUGCUAGGCCGGAUAUUGCAGUUAUCCCACUAGCCCUUUCAGAGCGCGGUAUCAGGGCCAUCGCCAGCGCAGGUGUGCCUGGACUGCUUGAAGAUAUCCUGGACAAUUCAAGGCCGGUAUAUAAACGAAUGGUUCAUACAUGGGGAAGUCAGGGGCAGCACAUGCAAAUCCCAAUGACAUACGGGCCACAGGGACAGUGUCUUCACACUCUGCAACGAGAGAAGAUAACCAGGCAUGUUAUGCUGGCACUUCUCAAAGAGCCCACAGCAAAGCUCUUUUUCAACCAGAAGCUAUCAGCAUGCGACUUCGAAAGGAAAACAGCAACUUUUGAGACGGUGACUUGGCGAGAGAAGUCCCGUUUCUCAGAACAGGAGCUGGCAAAUGCUGUCCUGGGCCAUGUGUCGCCUAUACCUAACGGAACUGGGCAAGGGUGCGAAAAUGUAUCUUUGGGGUUAGGAAAUGUAUCAAGCACCAAGCGCGUGGACUUUGAUUUUUUGAUUGGAGCGGAUGGGACCUAUUCCAGUGUUCGACAAAGUAUGAUGCGAAGCCUUGAAAUGGACUUCUCGCAGACUUACGCCAAUGCAAUGUGGUGUGAUCUGAUAUUCCCUCCGGAUAAGAACGGCCACUAUCGAAUAGACCCUAAGUGCCUUCACAUAUGGCCAUCUAACCAGAGCAUUGUUAUCGCUCAGACCGAUAUUGACGGUUCAUUUAGGGCUGGAAUGGUCUGUGACACAGAAAAGCUUCGAUACUUUGAAGCACAUCCGGAGGCGUUUUCGGAAUUUUUUGUCAGAGAAUUUGCUGGAAUAGUGCCAGAGCUUCUUUCGGCGGAGGAGGUAACAAGACAAUUCCUUGCACACCAAAAGAUCCCGUUAAAGUCGAUCAAAUGUGGGAAACUUGGGUAUAAAGACAAUGCUGUGCUCCUGGGCGAUAGCUGCCACACAAUGACUCCUUUCCAUGCAAUGGGUAUGAUCACCGGCCUUGAAGAUGUGCGUGUAUUCUUCGAAGAGUUCCGUGACCCUGGGGUAUCUGCUUUGCCAGAGGAGAUAGACAGCAAUGGCUUUGCAAAGGAGGAGCCAUUCUGUGCUGCAGGCACUGUACAAGCCUAUACAGAGUUCAGGCUGCCUGAUAUUCACACUAUGGUGGAUUUUGCGAGUGAGCAUUACCACGAGCUCCGGGUCGGCGUUAGAUCUCGAACCACAAGGAUAAUGAAUAUGAUUGACCGUUUUCUCGGCGGAUGGUUACCGGCUUUAGGCUGGACAACGUUAUAUGCAAGGAUUCAAUUUCAACAUGAGAGGUUCAGUGUCGUCAAGGCCAAAGAACAGAGACAGAGGAAGAUACUAGGCAUUAUUGUUGCUAGUGGUGCCAUGUUAGGUGCCAGCAUUGUCGCGGCAGCGAUCGUAUCUUUGCAGCCGAGGAUCGCGUCAAUGUUAUCGGUGUCCACUGCCUCUCAUUUGUCCCAAAUGUUUUCGCUGUCAGGCUAA